AUGAUUCCAAAAUGUAAAGGACUUGCUGACCAGAGAACCCGAGAUGGGCCACUGAGAGGGCAACUGCCCUCUGAUUCUUAUAAGCGAGCUUCACCAUAUGGGGUGGCUGCAGUGCUUUCACACAUAGAUGGCCAUGAAUCAGUACUCAAGAGUUUACUAGUACAACAUGCUAGUGCAUUUUUAUGAUUAUAUUUGUAGACUUGUGGAUAAAACUGCCACAAAAUGAAUGACAUUAAACCAGAACCUGCUAGUACCUCCUCGUGGGAUUCAGUAGCCCAAGUCCCUCCCAUUCCUCACAGUCAUCAUCAUGAAACGGUACCUGUUCUUGUUCCUACUCCCAUUAAGAUGGAUGGAACAAUUGCACAUCCACCCCCAGGUCCACAAAUGCCCCAAACACCUCAUGGUGUGCCAGCUGGAGGAUUUUUAGAACAUGAUUUGCCUCCUGAAUUAUUACAACAAGGGUGGCGGAAGUUUUGGAGCAAGAGAGAACAUCGGCCGUACUUCUGGAAUAAGCUAACUGGGGAGUCUUUGUGGGAGAUGCCACUUUUAAAGCCACAGUUUGACAGGCUAACCGACCCUUUAGGCAUAUGCAAUCCAGCUCCUGUUGCCAAUGGUCCUCCAGGACCUGUGCCAGUGAAGAGAAGAGCUUCGGAAGAAGGUGUUGGAAGUCCUGUCACCAAGAAGUUUGUGUUAGCAGGGCCAUGGGAUUUGGAAAUUGCAACAAAUGUGGUAAUUUAUGAAAGACCUCCGACAAUCCUUCCACAUCCACAUCCAGAUGUUGAGGUUCUAAGAUGCAGUCUUGCUGCCAAACUACGCCAGUGCUAUCAAGAACUUUGCCACUCUAGAGAAGCUAUUGAUGCCCCGAAGGAUUCUUUCAAUAGGUGGUUGAUGGAGAGGAAAGUCAUUGAUACUGGUAGUGAUCCUUUACUUCCGAGUACAUGCAUUCCUGAAAUUUCAAUGUGUAUGUACAGAGAGAUAAUGAAUGACAUACCUAUCAAGUUAGUGAGACCAAAGUUUACAGGCGAUGCCAGGAAACAACUUUCUAGAUAUGCCGAAGCAGCCAAGAAAAUGAUAGAAUCGAGGAAUGCCUCUCCAGAAAGUCGGAAGGUUGUGAAGUGGAAUGUGGAAGAAACUUUCCAAUGGCUGAGAAGAACAGUGGGAGCUACUUAUGACGACUUUCAGGAGAGAUUGUCUCAUUUGAAGCGGCAGUGUCAACCACAUCUAACAGACACCGUAAAAGCAUCUGUGGAAGGUAUAUGUCUGAAGAUAUAUCACCUUUCUGCUGAUUAUGCAAAGAAAGUGAAAGAAAAAAAUAGUGAAAUUCUUAAAGAACAUGGUAUUACAGAGCUAACUGUACCACAUCAAAUGCCAAAUCUACGGAAAGUCUGGUGCUAUCCUGUGCAGUAUGCGAUCCCUUGUCCUCGGUUACCACAAGUAGAUUACCUACCUGAUAGAGACCAAACAUUACUGCGGUAUCAUGGGGAGACUAUGCACAUCAAUACAUCAUAUCUUCAGAAAUUGGACCAACUAUAUCGAUAUAGUUGUUUUGAUGACAAGAAAUUUGAGUUGUUUCUCCCACGUGUGUGGUGCCUUUUGAAGCGCUAUUCCACAUUUUUUGGCUCGGGUCCGUCUGAAGGUCAAGGGACACAGGGAGCUCUCCCUGUCACUGUAUUUGAAUGCCUGAACCGUAUGUUUGGAGUGACAUUUGAGUGCUUUGCAUCUCCCUUGAAUUGUUACUUCAGGCAGUAUUGUUCUGCAUUUGCAGAUGUGGAUUCUUAUUUUGGCUCCAGAGGACCAUUGUUGGAUUUUAAACCCGUUAGUGGAUCAUUUGAAGCAAAUCCACCAUUCUGUGAGGAACUAAUGGAGGCUAUGGUGAAUCACUUUGAGAGACUUCUUGCAGAUUCUCCAGAGCCUUUGUCAUUUAUUGUUUUUAUUCCUGAGUGGCGUGAUCCAGCUCCAAAUGCUCUUUUGAAACUGGAAGCCAGUCACUUCAAGAGAAAGCAGGUAGUUGUACCUGCAUAUGAACAUGAAUAUAGACAUGGCUUUCAGCAUUGCACUGCCAAGAGCGACCUUAAUAUCAAAUCUGCUCAUGGGACUCUAGUGGUUUGGCUUCAAAAUAAUGCUGGAUAUCAAAGAUGGGGACCUAACGAAGAAAGAGUGGAAGCAUUGCUAGAGGCAUUUAGACCUGGUCGUGAACGGGAAAGAGAUCGACAAGAACUACUGUCUCCUCAGCGGAACAAUUCAACUGAUGCCACUCCACCUACACCUACUCCACAGACACCAGACAACAAGGGACCAGGUGUACCCCCCACUACACCAGACCGACCAAUGUGAAAUCAAUCAUAGUUGUGUAAGAAUUAUUGUGUUUCAAAACAUUAUGUGAAUGAGUGAUAAUGAAUUUUAAAUGUACCCUAUUAUUUUAAAGAUUGACAGUACAAUUAAUUAUAGGACUGAACAUUGAUGUCUCAUAUGUGAAUAUUGAAAAAUUAUGUGUUGCAACCCGUUAAUCAGUUUAUACAACGUUUUUAGGAUUUUUGUUAAUUAUUAUUGCUUAUUAUUUGAUCAGUUUUCUCAUAACAAUUUUAAUAACUGUAUAAAGUUGUUUUGUAUCUUGUAUAUUUAGUGUUACUUAACAAAAUUUUUUCAUAAUUUGACAGAACAAAACUAUUACAUUGCUGUGUAGCAUAUAUGACUUGCGGUUGUUGCAACAGAAUUGUUCAUUUUGCACUUGGUAUGUAUGAUCUCCAUUGUCUACGUUUAGGAAUUAUUUAUAAGUUUCAUUAAUCAAAUGUGUUUUAGCUUUACUCUGAAAAUUUAAGCCGGCUUGAUGUAUCAAAAUUACAUUGUAUUGAACAACAUUGAUUAACUUAAUGAACAUUUUAAAAAUACUAUGUAUAUUUGUAUAUAGAAAUGAAUAUUGACUAAGUGGUCCAGAAAAAGGAGGAAAAAAUCACUUGUUUUAUUAUUGUUUCCUUGUAUAUACAUACAAUUUUAGAGUGGAUUUCUACUAGAAUUGGUAGAAUAUCUUAAGAAGAUUUUAAAAUUAUUGGGGGGGAAAAAUUUGAAAUUCCGUAUGUUUUUAUGUUGGUAUUUUUAAACAGGUAUACGUGUCAUUUCCUUUUCAAAAAAUCUAGUACCUGACCUGUGAAGUGACCGAAUGUAUAAAGUGCAUUUUUAAUGUCAGGUUUCUCCUAUGUCUUUCAGAAGAUAUCUGACACUUUAUCUUAACGGAAUACUAUCUUUUAAAAAGUGCUUCAGUUUUGAACUUAGGAGCCAUGACUUACUUAAGUACUAGUCUUUGUAGGGGAGUUUGUGAAAUGCUUCAUGUUAUGUACUAAUGUUCUUCACUGUGUAUAUAUAGGAACAACUAAUUUUUAUACUGUAUUUUAUUGUACAUAAAAUGAAAGAUCUUUCAUUAUAGAAACGUAAAGAAAGUUCUGCAGAUUGCUGAUUAAGCUUGCCAUAGCAAAACUUUCAGAUGCAUUAAUCAUUGCUGGUAGAAUUGUGUAUAAAGUAUUUUAAAAGGGGGAAAAAAUUUAUUUAUAAAAAUACAGUUCAGAUCCUGUAAAAAAAUGAAAGAAUGUGUUAGUUUAAUGACAGAGUGUAUAUAUGAUAUGAAUAGUUGAUUCUUGAGAUCUGAUUUAUAGAAUAGAUGCAACUAUAUUUUUUGUUAAAUUUUGCAGUAAAAGUUUCAAAGAACCCUGGCAGGUUAAUUAAAUUUUAAAAGAAACAUUAUGUUGGUGUGAUAAUUAUUAAUAAGAUAAGUUGCCAAUGCAGUGUGAAUAAGAAUGUCUAUCUCAUUGGAACUUACGGUGUAAUAUAUAUGACCAAUGUUUUAUGUGUAUUUUGUCUUUCCUGCUGGUACAAACCAUUAAAGACAGUAUGUUUAAAGUUGUUUAAUACUACAUAUGAACUUAAUCACCUCAUUCUUAGUAUUUAGAUCAGUCCUUGUUUAGGACAAGUGUUGCUCCUGCAUUCAGUGGAGCAGCUUCUGUUAGCAGGAUAUCACAUUUGUGUAUAUCUAUUGAUACGCACUUAAGAAAUGUCUGAAAAAACUGUUCUAUGUGCUUUAUAGGAAACUACUUUUUCAAUGUGCUUUCUUUGUCAUGAAAGCUUUGUGUGUAACAAUCAUUUUAUUGUUACUGAAAACAUUAUUUUUAUCAUCUUAAUGGCAGCUUAAUGUCAUGUUCAUAAUUGUCCUCAUAAUUUAUCCAUUUGUUGUAUUGUUGAUUUGGAUAAAAUUGUGAUGAUCAAUAUUCCUGUGUCUCUGAAGUAUUAAUGGAAUAAUUUUAUUACUGACUUUAUAUCAUGUUGCCUCUGUAUUGCAUGACUUCUUUGCAGUUUAUUUGUACAGAUAUUUUCUAUUAGUACAUAAAUUGUUCUUUCUGAAACUGGCCUGUAAUCUUUGGAAAAAAUUGUCAACUCUCUUAAUAAGUUUAUCUCUACUACGAGUGGUUUCUAAUUUUGCAAUGUCUGUUAUGUACAUUUAUAAUUAAGAAAAUUCUGAUGUUGCAGUUACUUCGUAUCCUUUUUUAGCUUUCCUAAUAAUAAAUAACAAGUAGCUUGACAUGAUGCAAUCUUGAAUAACAAAGGUACCAUGUUGGAAAAGGUCUUAUUAAGUAAUGCAAUGCACUUAUCAGUCUUGUUCUUUAGGGAUUGAAUGUGUUGGCAACUGCUUUGAUAAGUGCUUCAAUAGUUUCUUAGCAUCAAACUUGUUCUUCUUUAAUAAAGUAUGCUAUGCUAUGCACUUUUAACUGCAACAUACACAGAGCCAUAUUAAUAUUAUAAACUUACAUGCAGAACUUAGAAUUCAAUUACUAGCACAAACUGAAAAUUUUAUAAACACUAAUAUAAAUUGUUUUCAGCAAAUGGAAAUGACUUUGCUGCUAACUAUUGUUCUCGGUUUUAAAUUUUGUUUCUCAUAAUAUUGUUUUUCUUGUUGAGCCUUGCAGUAGAGAAAAUGGUUUUCAGUUUUUCCAAACUUGAACAUAUUUAUAUAAUUCCAAAUGAAAAAUUAUUGUAGACUGCUUUUGUAUGAUGUACCAUUAUAAAAAAAGAACUGGUUUGUACAAUGUAAAUACAAGAUUUUGUAUUUUAUUAUAUUAGGGAAUUCAGAUUGGUUUAUGAUUCAGUUGUUGGCAUUUUCCUCUACAAUGUUUUGACAUAUCUGUGACAAAUAAAAACCAAGAGCAUGUGUCAAUAAAUCAGUUGUAAAUGAAAA